AUGGAGAACACAAAAAAAUUCGGCAAAGUGUGGGGCUACCAGGAAGGGCCGACGAAUGUGUUGGUGAUCUCUGAGUUGAAAGUUGUCAAAGAGCUGCUCCACUCCAGAUUCGACGAGUUUCAGCAAAGAAAGCUUCCUCCAAUCUUUCAAACGGAGGCCGAUGAUCGGGACUCUCAUAUGGUUGAUGCGUGGGGAGCACGGUGGAAAAGGUUGAGAGCUCUUGUAUCUCCACAAUUCUCAAAUAAAAGCUUGAAAAAGAUUUACCCCACUGUCGACGAUUCUGCUAAACAUCUCCUUAAACAUAUCGGAAAAAACGCGAACGGAGCUCCGAUUGAUAUCUAUCCUUACUUUCAAGAAUAUUCGAUUGAUGUGAUUUGUCGGGUCGCUAUUGGAAUCAAAGAUUCGACUCAAUGGAAGAGUGAAUAUGCUAAAAAGAUGAUACAUGUAACUACCCGCGAUCCCCGAGAUCCGUUCUUCUUUUUGGCCGCUAUGAGUCCAUUUUUGAGAAAAUAUAUUCGAUAUCUUUUCACGGUGAUGGCAAAAAGGUUCAAAUUUGCUGGUGGCAAGCUUCUAAAUCGUAUCGGGAAAGCAGUAGCUGAGAGAAAAGCGGAAAGGGCAAAAGGAGGUGUCGCUUCGUUAGAAGAGAAAGAUUCCAUUGAUUUCAUCGAUCUUUUUCUCGAUGCUGAGGCCGAUGUUGAUUUGAAAGCCGAGGAGGGGCUCAGUGGAAAGAAUGCACAGAUUGUUCGUCACAUGUUAGAAGAAGAGGUGGUGAUGCAGUGCUUUCUCUUCCUUUUGGCCGGUUUCGACACCACCUCCAAUACACUCUCUUAUACCGCUUGGUAUCUGGCUAAACAUCCACAAUGCCAGCGUCGACUCCAAGAAGAAAUCGAUCAAGUUUGCGGGGAACAGGCGGAAAUCGGUUACGACGAUUUAUCAGAGCUGAAAUACAUGGAUUGUGUCGUGAAGGAGACCCUCCGUCUCAAUCCACAUGCCACUGUUGUUGUUGGCAGGGUUGCUGGGCAAGAUCUAGAAAUCGCGGGCAUUCGAUUGAAGAAAGGGGAUAAAGUUCAGGUAGAUUCCUAUUCGAUUCAACGAGACAAAGAGAUCUGGGGCGCUGAUGCAGAAGAAUUCAAACCGGAUAGGUGGCUCGAUCUAACGCCUAAUCAAAAAGAUGCCUAUCUUGCUUUCGGCGCCGGCCCACGACAAUGUGUUGGCAUGAGAUUGGCGUAUAUCGAGCAAAAAAUCGCCUUAGCGAGAAUCCUUCGCGAGUAUGAACUGAUUUGUGGACCGAAAACCGAGAAGAAACUUGAUCAUUCUGGAUGGUUCACCGUAUCACCGGCUUCUGUCACUGUAAAUGUUAGAAAACGGGAUCAG